CAGAAGUGAUUUGUGAUACUGUUUUUAAGAUGUCCGUCGAGUAUCAAACGUUGCCAAAUGGAUUCUCAAUUCCGGCAAUUGGUUAUGGAACAUGUCCACCGCAACAAGGAUUCAUUGAAGCAUUUGAAGAUGCUUUGGAAACCGGAUACAGACAUAUAGACACCGCGUCAUUUUACAGAUGUGAACAAAUUAUCGGUAGAAUUUUAAAAAAAUGGUUUUCUGCUGGUAAGUUGAAACGGGAGGAUCUCUUUAUAACGAGUAAAUAUAUGCCGAAACCCGGAGAAGAUCAAAAUGUCGAAGAUACAAUGAAAAAAACUUUGAAAGAAUUACAGACCGAUUAUGUCGAUUUAUAUUUGAUACACCUACCUUUAAGUGAUAAAGAAAAUGUCGAGAUAUGGGAGAAAAUGGAACAACAAGUAGAUUCUGGAAGAGCCAAAUAUAUCGGCCUUUCCAACUUUCAACCGCAACAAAUCGAUGUUGUUUUGAAAAAUUGUAGAAUAAGGCCGGUCUGCCUUCAGAAUCAAGUACAUUUGUAUGCUCAACAAAAGAAACUUCAGGAAUAUUGCAAAAAAAAUGAUAUAAUCAUCGUUUGUUACACACCUUUAGGGGCACCAGGUAGAGAAAAUGGAGACCUAUUGGAUAUUAUCUACAAUGAAACUGUGAAAAAAGUCGCUGAAAAGUAUAACAAGUCCCCUUCUCAAGUGGCUUUAAGGUUUCUCAUCGACAAACAUUUAGUACCGGUACCAAAAAGUUGGAAUCAAAAAAGGAUCAAAGAGAAUUUCGAUGUUUUUGAUUUCAAGUUAUCGGAAGAAGAUUUAAAAAUAUUGGAAGAAUUGGAUCAAAAUAAAACUAUUGGUUUUCCUCCAAUCCCUUCCGAUGAUAAAAUAAUAAAAUAAUGUAUAAAUAAUGAAAAAUAAAAUAUUCAACUUUUUUAUAUUACUAAUAUGUUCUCUGCUUUAGCUAAACUAAUUAAAAAUUUAACUAAGCUUUUA